CAGGCCGACAUCAUGCUCCAGUUCCUGCUCGGAUUAACUUUGGGCAAAGUGGUCGGAGUGUAUCUGGCUCCAAGCUAUGACAGACCAAACCUGGCUAAAAGGCUUGAAGAAAUUAAAAAGGACUUGAGCGCUAAGGACAAACUCCCUAGUUCUUGA